GCGCGCGGGCACAUCCCAGGUUAGCUGCUGUGAGCCGAGCCCGCGGCGGCUGCGGCGGCGGCAGUGAACAGAGCCGGAUGCUUGCCGGCUCUCCGCGGCUGACUCCAACGCUUCUCUUCGUCUGCGCCACAUCUACUCGCCUGGGCUGGGGAGGGACACCUGGCAGUGAUCAGCCUGAAAACUAGUGGCACAGCCUCGGGACUGAAGAGAAAGCUGAGUCCCUCAGGUGAAGCCAGUGUCGGAGCGCAGUCCCUCAGCGCCCGACGUCCGAUCGCACCCCGAAAACCCCCCGCUGCCCGUCUUCUAGCGCCUGCCGCGCAGGGCGCGUGGGGAGAGUGGGGUUCAGUGCGUGGGAAGGGGGGUGCCGGGACACCGAUGAUGGACGCACAGACCUGGCGCAUGGGCUUUCGUUGUCUCCUUCUUCUGGCUUUCGUGGGGUCUACCCGAAGCGAGGGUGGACAGACCUGUGAAGAAGUUCGGAAACUUUUCCAGUGGCGGUUUGUGGGCGCUGUCAAGGGGUUGCCGGAUUCGCCGCGGGCAGGACCUGAUCUUCAGGUUUGCAUAUCUAAAAAGCCAACAUGUUGCACAAGGAAGAUGGAGGAGAGAUACCAAAUUGCAGCUCGCCAAGAUCUGCAGCAGGUGCUUCAAGCAUCCACCUCUACAUUAAAGCUGCUAAUAUCUCGAAAUGCAGCUGCUUUUCAAGAAACCCUUGAAACUCUCAUCAGACAAGCAGAAAAUUAUACCAGUAUACUUUUUUGCAACACCUACAGAAACAUGGCCUUAGAGGCUGCUACUGCAGUUCAGGAGUUCUUCACCGAUGUAGGGCUCUACUUAUUUGGUGUGGAUGUUAAUCCCGAAGAAUUUGUAAAUAGGUUUUUCGACAGUCUUUUUCCUCUGGUCUACAACCAUCUCAUUAAUCCCAGUGUGACUGACAGCUCCUUGGAAUACUCGGAAUGCAUCCGCAUGGCCCGCCGGGAUGUUAGUCCAUUUGGUAACAUUCCCAAAAGAGUAAUGGGGCAGAUGGGAAGAUCUCUGCUGCCCAGCCGCACAUUUCUGCAGGCCCUCAAUCUGGGCAUUGAAGUCAUCAACACCACUGACCAUCUUCAUUUCUCCAAAGAGUGCAGCAGAGCCCUCCUAAGGAUGCAGUACUGCCCUCAUUGCCAGGGCCUGACUCUCAGUAAGCCCUGUAUGGGAUACUGCCUCAAUGUUGCCAGGGGCUGCCUGGCCCACAUGGUAGAGCUUAAUCCACAUUGGCAUGCAUAUAUCCAGUCCUUGGAAGAGCUUUCAAAUGCAAUGCAUGGAACCUAUGAUGUUGAACACGUGCUCCUGAACUUCCAUUUGCUUGUAAAUGACGCUGUGAUUCAGGCUUACCUCAAUGGACAAAAACUAGCAGAACAGGUAAAUAAGAUUUGUGGCCAUCCAGUAAGAACACCUACACAAAGCCCCCCUUGUUCUUUUGAUCCUAGCAAGGAGAAGCAUGGAAUGAAGAUCUCCACAAGGAAUGGUGAAGAGACACUUGCCAACAGAAGAAAAGAAUUUAUCAACAGUCUUCGACUGUACAGGUCAUUCUAUGGCAGCCUGGCUGAUCAGCUUUGUGUUAAUGAAUUAGCUGCUGUGGAUGGGCUGCCCUGCUGGAAUGGAGAAGAUCUAGUAAAAAGCUAUACUCAGCGUGUGGUUGGAAAUGGAAUCAAGGCCCAAUCUGGGAAUCCUGAAGUCAAAGUCAAAGGAACUGAUCCUGUGAUCAAUCAGAUAAUUGAUAAGCUGAAGCAUAUAAUUCAGUUGUUACAGGGUAGGUCACCCAAACCCAACAAGUGGGAGCUUAUUCAGCUGGGCAGUGGUGGUGGCAUGGUGGAGCAAGUCAGUGGAGACUGUGAUGAUGAGGAUGGUUGCGGAGGAUCGGGGAGUGGAGAAGUGAAGAGAACACUGAAAAUCACCAACUGUAAGUGGAUGAUUACAGUACUGAUUUUAAAGAAUUGGUUCUGAAAUAUAAUUAAGAACAUUCAUUAUGAUGAUCAUAAAAAAUAUAUAUAAUAUGUAUAUAUAUAUAAUAUAUACAUAAUAAUAAUAAUAAUGGCAAGUAAUUCAGAAGCAGACAACAAUAAUUAUAAAUGAAAAUGAGCUUUAUUUGUAGUUAUUUAGGACAUGUAUUCUUGGGGAUUUUGUGUGUUUUUAACUAAUGGCUUCAAAUGGAAAUUAUAUUUAUCCAUAAAAAACAAUGAGUGAUUAUUAGUUCUGAGAAUUAAAAAUUUUAAAGUGGAAUAGUUCUUAGACCAUAAUGGAUAUUAAAUGCAUAUUGAUAAGUAAUGUGAAACCAGCAUUGGUAAGUGCUGUACAAUAAUCAAAUUGUGCAUUUUUAAAGUGUUAUUAUGCUCAUAUGUACAGGUUUUUUUCUCUAUUAGGUUUUCAUUAUAAACAAAAUACAAAUAAAUUGGUAAACAUAUGGUUAGUUCUAUUUAAAAACAACUUGGAUUUAACUCUUUUGCACUUUUCCAAAAAUCUCACCAAGUGAGAUCACUUUGUUUAAUUGCAUGAAUUUAAAGCCAUUUCUGGUAUCGCUAGACAGGUUACUACCACAGAAAAAUAUAACUCUCGAGUAACAAAAAGGAAAAUAAGAAAGGAAAAGAAAAACAACCAAAUGGAUUUCUCUUUCUGAUCUUCACAUAAAAGAAGAAGAAUAUAGGCUCUAUGCCUUCCAUUGUUAUGUGCCUACAAAAGCUCUUAUGAACAAGACAACCAGAGUGACCACCUGAGAAAUAAAUGUCAAGGUACCCAGAGCAGCUGGCUUUCAACCAUUCAUUUAACUCUGAUUCUACCAAAUAUGAAGGUAAAGCCAUCUGAUGGCACAUACUGCCCCACUUGGAGGUUGGCAAGGAACCCUCCAAAUCACACAGAGGUGCUUUGCACCUGUUUAGACAUGUUCUAUGGUGAAAGAAGACUUGGUUCACUUUUCAGUUCUGUUGUAGGGAAUUAAGAACACUACAAAUGCUUCAUGCAUCCAUUCUUCAUUCUUCUACAAUGUAGUUUUAUAAGCCAAAUAUAUUGGUUAAAGAAAUGGAAACCAAAUAGAGAUGUAAAAUUAAAAUACAAUUAAUGUAAAGGUAUUUUAUUUGACAUAAUAGUUUUAUUUACCAUACAAGGUAAAUAAAUAGGAGUUAGUGUACUUGAGCAAGAUUUGAACAAAAGACCAUGAAGUGCUUACUGCAAAUCAAGUAUCUAUAUUUAUAUGUAGAGAUAAGGAUAUGUCUUCUUGUAAUUGGUGUUAACACAAUUAGUCACAGUCCUUUUAUAUUUUUUAAGAAAAAAACAAGGAAAAUAAAAGGUUUGCUCUAGGAAAAAAUCAUUUUUGCUUAAAGUUAAUAUGUUCUCCACUGUAUUUAGGAAUUUUGACACUUAUCUAUUAGGGUUAUAUUUAAUUCAAUAAUAUUUUAUUCUCAUCUUUCUACAAUAUUUACAUACAUUAUAAUCUUAUUGUUAUUUAAAUGCUGCAGGACUUUAUGACAUCAAAAUUAUUACAAGAAAAAGAGUACAGGUUAAAAUUUCAUCUAUAAUGUGUGUGUGUGUGUGUGUGUGUGUAUGCACGCUUCUGUGGAGUUUGUAUCUGUAUGGGGUUUUUCACUUCCUGAAGUUACUUAUAAGCUCAAGGACUUGUUAUAAAUAACUUUUUUUGGUUUGUUUCAUAAGAGAAAAAGAGUGAAGGAUAUUCAGCUAACGUUUUCUCAGGAAACUAUACUUGUCAAGAUGGCAAGAAUUUUUUUUUAACUUCCAAAAUCCUAGUUUCAAUUACUGUUGAAAUAGACAGGUAUGAUAAAGCAACUACCCAUCAGAAUUGGGGAGAUUAAGAUACAGAUGAUUUUCAGCAACUCCAGGCAAACAUCCUUUCAAAAUCCACAUCUGCUUGCUCUAAGUGGGUUACCCAUUAUGUUUCUAAGAGCUUAUAACUGUUGCUUUUCAAUUUUUAAUAAGUGGCUAGGAAACCACUGUAGAUAGAAUGCUGAAAUAAAGAAGGAUAAGAAAGCUACCAAAAUGUAGGUCCCAUUUCUAUUUUUAUAAAAGACUGUAAUAUUUUUCCUGUUUGGGCUGGUAGGAUACAUUGGUAAAGCAAGUAAAGAUGUCAUUUCAGAUGUUCUUAAUAUCUUACAGACAUUGUACUCCAUAAAGUUUACCAAGUGUUAUAUGGUUUAAGAAGUUAGAAUGUGCCAUUAUUUCUUCCUUAUACUUAUGUUUAUUUUUUAUAAAAUGUAAUAUAAAUAUAAGUUCAUUUUUUACCUCAAAAAGUCUUAUUAGGAAUAACAUCUGAUUAGGAAUUAAAAGAAACAAAAGUCUGAUAUGAAAUUAUGACUUACCUAUCAGGGUUAUAUUCAAUUCCAUGAUCUUUUAUUUUCAUCAUAUCUAGAAUAUUUACAUGCACUAUAAUUUCAUUGUCAG